CGAGGAUCUUCAACUGCAUUUUCAUCCGAUGUCCUCAAAUAAAACUGUCGGCUCAUCUUCAAAAAGCGGCCACGAGGAUCAUCAUCUUGAAAGCAGCUACAAGGUUAAUAUCAACAAAUCCCGGGGGUCGUACUCGUACACUACUAGCGGCACAAAUUUCGGUCGGGUGAUGCAGAAGAAAAUGCUCCAGGCGGAGACAGACGACGAGACGAGCGAGAUUUCUCGCAUGCUGAACUACACAACGGAGGAAG